CAACUUUUUCAAUUUAGCGUUGGCAAUAGUUCUAACAACAAGCUGCUCGGGUCGCUGGUUCGUGCAAAAACGCUUUUUUGAGGCAUAAAGAAUUUUGAAUAACCGAGUGUUUUUAACUAGAAGAAAAGUAUCUCAAAAUGGAUGUGUUCCUUAUGGUUAGACGCAAGAAAACUACUAUUUUCUUAGAUGCGAAAGAAAACACUACAGUGUAUGAAUUAAAGAGAAUGGUUGAGGGCAUUACAAAAGUUCCUCCUGACAACCAAGAACUCUACAAAGAUGAUGAGGUUAUGGAGAACAGUAAGAUUUUGGGAGAUUACGGCUUGAAUUGUUCAACAGCCAAAGCCCAAGCUCCUGCUCAAGUUGGCCUCGCUUACCGGGACAGUGAAACCUUGGGAUUUGAAAGCUUAGAAAUAACACCGCUUUCUAGCCCACCAGAACUGCCCGAUGUCAUGAAACCCCCAGAAACACAGAGCCAUGAACAGACAAUGGCUUAAGAAUUUGUCAUUUUUUUGAAGUUUAUGGCUGUUUUAAGUUUUUUUUACAAGUAUGUUGUCUUAUUCAUUUGAAAUGUAAAUGUAUUCAUAUCUUGCAGCCAUCCUUGCACAUAUUAUCACUGUUCAUAAUUUUGCAACUAGUAACUUUUUUUUUUGUAAUUUAAUGUGUAUGUGAAUAAAUGUUAUGUGCAGUUUCAUGUUUUGAGUUAAUAGACUUAAAAUAAUCCCUUUUAUGGGUUGUUUUCAAAUUAAAGAAUUUUUUUCCCUUUCAAAUAUAGUGUAGUGUGUAUUUACUGUGGUCUUUGGCAAAACAAAACAAAAAGUUGCUUUUCAUAGACUUUUGAAAAGUAUCUGUUUAACACUUAGUAGCAGUUAUAGGGACUUUAUGUGUAAGCACUUUUAUUACCUUUAUUACACAAUUUUUAGUAACUAAUGUCAUUUGUAACUGAAAUUUGUUUUGUCUUAUUAUAUAAAGUUCCAUUACCUUAAAUUGUUUUAUAUAAGUUUACAAAAUUUGUUAAAAAAUCUUUAUUAAGUUAGCACAUACAGUGGAACUUGGUUACUUUGAAACAAAUUUUUCCAAAUAUUAAAUAGCUGGAUCUAAAAAAAUUGUAGAAGACAACCAUUUUAAAACUGAAAAAACUCCUAAUGAUUUAUUUUUAAUGUUUUAAUUGUAAUAUAUUAUCAUUAAUAAACAAUUUUGAUAAGUAGUUUAAAAUUUUAAAUUUCAGUUAUUUUUAAUAAGUUUCAUUCUCUAUACAUUAAGCACUCUGAAUAUAAAAAUUGUAUGGUAAAACUUCACAAUAAGAUAUUAUUAGAUUUUUUUUUUUAUUAAAUGGAUUUGUAUAAUAGUACAGUCUUCAAGUGAAUUAAUAUUAAUUUGAUUACUGAAAACAGAAGAACUUUCCAUUCUGAAUUAACAAAUCAUUUCAAAACAGGAACUUUUUGAUUAUUUUUAAGACAUAAAAAAAACCCCUAGGGUUGUAAAUAACCUUUUAAGAGUAAAGUAAUACAAAAGACAGAGAAGUUUUUUAAAAAAAGAAACAUUCAACUGUAUUAAACAAUGGUUAAAAAUUUGUUUUAAAAUAUGUUUCAUUAAGUAUGACAGUGUUUCUUAAACAUUAGUUCAUGAGCUCAAAAUGGGAUCACUGAAUUUUUAUUGAGAUUCUCACAUAUGUCUUCCAUUUAAAAAAGGCAUUGAGAGAGAAACUCGCCAAAUUCAUAUAAUGAAUAGAAUGUCCUGCGUUUCUAUUUAAAUAUAUGUUAGGAGUUGCAAAUGAACCUGAAAAUUUUGUGGAUUUAAAAAAAAAAAGUCAAGAAAAAAAAAUUUCUCAACACAUUUUAUUUCUGAAAUAUGUUAUUUUGAAUCUUAUUUUCGUUUCAAGGAUGCAGCUGAAACAGAACUGUUUAGUAAAUAAUUAAAUAAAUAAAUAAAUAAGUGCAUAAAGGAUGAUACAUUUGUAGUUGAUAUAUUUGGUUCUUUGCUUAUAACUUUUUCUUGCAGUUCAAGAAUACUAGCACUAUUACACAUGAUUUUUGGGCAUAUAAAAUUUUGCAAUGAAUACUGUUAAUCUUUUUUACUGAAUUUAAAAAUACUAAAUUUUUUUGCUUAGAUAUUAUGUGAAUGGAAUAAAAUCUUAGAUGUUUCGUUACUGCACAUUAAUUCUUUGUUUGAGAAGGGAGAUUUAUUUCUAAAGAAUGAUGUUUGUAAAAAUAUGAAAUACUUGUUAGCAAGAGAAUGCAUAUUUAUUUGAAAUAUGCAGAUUGUAUACAACAUUUGUUUUAUUAUUUAAACCUUUUGAGUUCAUCUCUUAUUAUUGAAUUGCCUUUAAAAAGUUUUUUCAUUGGAGGAAAGGGAGAGAAAGGGAAAGAAUAAUUGAAAAUCUGUAUCAUGAAUUGCAAUAAAUUUCAAACCCACAAAUAUAUGCAUUUGUGCUUAAAAUAAAUGAGAAAAUAUUAGUGUAAAUUAAGAGGCAUUGGAUAAGUAAAUUUGAGUGCUAUAGCAUGAUCAAAUUCCUAACUGCUGCUAUUAACUUAAAAUACAAUCAAUCAAACAAAAAAACCUAUAAAUAUCACUCUAGGUUAUUUGGAAAAUAUUUAAAGUAUUUUGAUUUAUCACAGUAAAUUAAAUUUUGGGAGAUUGAGUACCACUUUAAUCAAUUUUCUUUAUGAUCACCUUCUCUGACAGUAUUCUUAAGGAUAUAAGAUUGCAUAAAUGACAUCAGGUAAUAGAUUUAUUUGAGGGUGAAAAUUAUUGACAAAAUUUCUCCUUUUCUUAAUCUUUUUGAAAACUUAUGCUACAGAAAUGUAAUUAAAAAUUAUUGGUAAAUUAAUUUAAGAUCUGAAGAAAUAAUUUUAGGUAAAAGCCCUACAUCUUCAGAACUUAUGAAAUUUUUGAGUUGUCAAUAAGGAUUUCACUUUUCUUUUAGGAAUUUUGAAUACUUAAAUGUGAAAAAAAUAAAACCUUUUUAGCUAUUAAAAUCCAUUAAACAUUUGCAUAUGUUGACAAGUGAAAUUGUUUAUUGAAGGCUGAAUUUCUUAGAGCUAUUCAUUCUUUUGAUAUUUUUCUGAAUUUUGAUAUUUUUCUUUAAAACAAGGGAAACAAGAGUGGACCUUAGGAAAUGUUUAUACUUUAUAACUAGCAGACAUGGGUAGAUUGCUGAAUAAUAUUUAUAUCUGUUUUGCUAAUCAUAUUUUUUCCGUUGGGAUGUCACCAUAAAA